CACUACCCGAAAAGCCUGUUGCGCAUGCUCCCUGUGGUUUUAGACUGUGGUAUGUAAAUACGGUAUCGAGACAGCUGGAGAGUGCCAACAGGGUAUAGUUAUUAUAUAAUUUACUCAUCCAAAAUGAGGUCUGUGCCUACCUGGAUAGAUAAAGUCCACGACAGAGACAAAGUAGAGCAAUGCGUGAAUGACCUAGCGUUCAAGCCUGAUGGAACACAGCUAAUUGUUGCUGCUGGAAACCGAGUUUUGGUUUACGACACAUCAGACGGAACCCUUAUUCAGCCACUAAAGGGGCAUAAAGAAACAGUAUAUUGUGUGGAUUAUGCCAAAGAUGGGAAGCGUUUUGCCUCAGGAUCAGCUGACAAGAGCAUCAUUAUAUGGACAUCUAAACUGGAAGGCAUUUUGAGAUACACACAUAAUGAUUCAAUUCAGUGUAUUGCAUAUAACCCUGUUACACACCUGCUGGCAUCAUGCUCCUCCAGUGACUUUGGUUUAUGGAAACCAGAAAAGAAAUCAGUCGCCAAGCACAAAAUCAACAGUAAAAUCACCUGCUGUGGGUGGACCAACGAUGGGCAGUACCUUGCUAUCGGCAUGAUGAAUGGAGUUGUGAGCAUCAGGAAUAAGAACGGAGAGGAGAAGGUGAAAAUCGAACGCCCUGGAGGUGCUCUGUCCCCCAUCUGGUCUAUUGCCUGGAACCCAUCAAAUAGGUGGAGGAACCUAUGGAUGAGUAGUGCAGAUGAUGAAGAUAUGCUGGCGGAGGGCAGUAGUCAGGAGAUCCCUUGCUUGUGGGGCAGCACGUACUCCAGUCAGGGCAGUGAGGAGGACUGUGAGGAGCAGGAGGAGGAGGAAGAGAGCAUUGACAAAAGCAAUCUAGAUGAACACAAUGACAUCCUGGCAGUGGCAGACUGGGGGCAGAAGCUGUCGUUCUACCAGCUUAGUGGAAAACAGAUCGGAAAAGACAGACCUCUGAAUUAUGACCCGUGCUGCGUCAGCUACUUCUCGAAAGGGGAAUAUGUUGUGAUGGGCGGCUCAGAUAAUCAGGUUUCGCUUUACACCAAAGACGGGGUUCGUCUCGGUACCAUUGGAGAACAGAAUUCCUGGGUCUGGUCAUGUAAGGUGAAACCAGACUCUAGCUACGUGGUGGUAGGCUGCCAGGACGGGACCCUUGCUUUUUACCAGCUGGUCUUUAGUACUGUCCAUGGGCUGUAUAAAGACCGCUAUGCCUAUAGGGACAGCAUGACAGAUGUCAUUGUCCAGCAUCUCAUCACUGAACAGAAGGUGAGAAUCAAAUGCAGAGAACUGGUAAAGAAAAUUGCUAUCUACAAAAACAGACUGGCAAUCCAGCUACCAGAGAAAAUCCUGAUUUAUGAACUGUAUUCCGAUGACUCUGCAGACAUGCAUUACCGCGUGAAAGAGAAAAUCUGCAAGAAAUUUGAGUGCAACCUACUGGUUGUGUGUUCACGGCAUAUCAUCUUGUGCCAGGAAAAAAGACUGCAAUGUUUGUCCUUUAACAGUGUAAAAGAGAAGGAGUGGCUUAUGGAGUCAUUGAUUCGGUACAUAAAGGUGAUUGGUGGAUCUCCUGGAAGGGAAGGACUUCUGGUUGGCUUGAAGAAUGGCGCGAUUCUGAAGAUAUUUGUGGACAACCCCUUUGCGAUCACCCUGCUGAAGCAGGCAACCUCAGUGCGCUGCCUGGACAUGAGCUCCUCGCGCAGCAAGCUGGCUGUGGUGGACGAGCACAACACCUGCCUUGUGUAUGACAUCCACACCAAGGAGCUGCUCUUCCAGGAACCGAAUGCGAACAGCGUGGCAUGGAAUACCCAGUGUGAGGACAUGCUGUGUUUCUCAGGCAACGGAUACCUCAACAUCAAAGCCAGUAACUUUCCAGUUCACCAGCAGAAACUCCAGGGCUUCGUGGUGGGGUACAAUGGCUCCAAGAUCUUCUGCUUGCAUGUCUAUGCAAUGUCAGCAGUAGAGGUUCCCCAGUCUGCUCCCAUGUACCAGUACCUGGAGAGAAAAAUGUAUAAAGAAGCCUAUCAGAUAGCUUGUCUAGGAGUGACUGACAAUGACUGGAGAGAACUGGCAAUGGAGGCCCUGGAAGGACUGGAUUUCGAAACUGCAAAGAAGGCGUUUAUCCGAAUUCGCGAUCUCCGCUACCUGGAGCUUAUCAACAGUAUUGAGGAGAGGAAGAAACGUGGAGAGACCAACAAUGAACUGUUCCUGGCAGAUGUGUCUGCCUACCAGGGGAAAUUUCACGAGGCAGCAAAACUCUACAAGAAGACCGGCAAUGACCCUCAAGCUCUCAACAUGUACACAGAUCUGCGCAUGUUUGAAUAUGCCAAGGAUUUCCUCGCCUCUGGUGACCCCAAGGACACCAAGAUGCUGAUUACCAAACAAGCGGACUGGGCUCAGAACAUCAACGAGCCCAAAGCAGCGGCAGAGAUGUAUCUUUCAGCUGGGGAGCACAUGAAGGCCAUAGAAAUCAUCGGGGAUAAUGGCUGGGUAGAUAUUUUAAUUGAUCAAGCACGGAAACUGGACAAGGCAGAGCGGGAACCCUUGUCAAAGUGUGCCGCCUUCUUCAAGAAACUGCAGCACCAUGGGUAUGCUGCAGAGAUCUACAUGAAGAUGGGAGACCUCAAAUCUCUAGUCCUUCUGCACGUGGAAACAAAUCACUGGGAUGAGGCCUUUGAAAUUUUAGAGAAGCACCCCCAGUUCAAAGACGAUGUGUAUGUACCGUAUGCACAGUGGCUGGCGGAGAACGACCGCUUUGAAGAAGCACAGAAAGCGUUCCACCAGGCUGGUAGGCAGGGCGAGGCAGUGAAGGUACUUGAGCAGCUCACUCACAACGCUGUUGUGGAAAGCAGGUUUAAUGAUGCAGCUUAUUACUAUUGGAUGCUGUCAAUGCAGUGUCUGGAUAUAGCAAGGGAAAACGAAGAGAAGAAAGAUGAAAUGUUAGAGAAAUUUCACAAGUUCCAGCACCUGGCAGAACUAUACCACGUUUACCACUCCAUCCAGAGAUACACGGAUGAACCCUUCAGUUCCCAUCUACCAGAAACACUCUUCAACAUCUCCAGAUUCUUACUGCACAACCUUACCAAGGAUGUACCACUGGGGAUCUCCAAAGUAAAUACUCUGUAUGCUUUGGCUAAACAGAGCAAAGCCCUGGGAGCGUAUAAGCUGGCAAGGCAUGCCUAUGAGAAGCUGCAGGGCCACCGGAUCCCAGCCCGCUUCCAGGAGUCCUUGGAGCUGGGCAGCCUGACUGCGCGCUCCAAACCCUUCCAUGACAGUGAGGAGCUUGUACCAAUGUGCUAUAGAUGCUCUACUAACAACCCGCUGCUAAAUAAUCAAGGGAAUGUGUGCAUUAACUGCAGACAGCCUUUCAUCUUCUCAGCCUCGUCCUAUGAGGUGCUGCCUCUUGUGCAGUUCUACCUGGAAGAGGGCAUCUCUGAUGAAGAGGCGGUGGCUCUCAUUGACCUGGAGGCACCCAGGGCUGAGAAGAAGGGUGACAAAUGGCUGGAGAUGAACAAUGAUGAAUCCCAAACUUUGAGAUUGGAGGAGAGCGUAGAUGACACUGAAGAAGAUCCAUUCACUGCAAAGCUAAGUUUUGAGCAAGGGGGCUCUGAGUUUGUUCCUGUGGUUGUGAACAAGUCCGUCCUGCGGUCCAUGAGCAGGAGAGACGUUCUCAUCAAGCGCUGGCCAAAGCCUUUGCAAUGGCAGUACUACAGAUCCCUUCUUCCUGAUGUCUCUAUCACCAUGUGCCCCUCAUGCUUUCAGAUGUUCCACAGUGAAGACUACGAACUGCUAGUACUGCAGCACAACUGCUGCCCAUACUGUCGUAGACCAAUAGAUGAGUCUACCUGAAGAGGGGACAAGACGUUCUGCAGCCUCCUGCAUAAUAAACCACACUGACUGUUUCCUGUACACUGCUUUAAUCUACAGAACACUACACAAUAGAGGGCAAGAAUCGCAACUGAAUGCAUAUAGAACACAAAUAUAUUAUUUAUUUCUGAAUUCCAAAGUCAACUCCAAUUCAUAGUAAAUUUUCAUGAAUAUGUACAGCCGUAUUUCAGCCCUAAUUCAAAUAUUGUAAAGAAUGGCCUUGAUUCAUACCAGUUUUUUUGUUUUUGUUAUUGUGUAGCUUAACACACACAUGUUAGUUUGUAACAUGUUCUUAAAUACCUUUUCUCAGGUAACUAUAAAAGAAUGUCACUGUAUAUCAAAGCCACCAAAUGAAAUCCAGCAGCAGUUUGAAUGUGGUACCUAAAAUAACAAUGAUUGUGAUGCCAGAACAUAGGACUCUUAUUUUAAAGACUGUCAAAGAGACAAAAAGUCCUAUACAAAUGAUACAGCAUUUACAUUCCCCUGUGUCAUAUGGUUAAAAGUUAUAUUUCUUUUGCUGCAAGAAACAAAUUGUGAAAAUUGCUGUUCAGAUAACUCAUAAAUAUGUUUUUUUCCUGAUGGAAGUAGUUUUGUUAGAGUAAAAUGUGUAAUAUAAUUUAUAAACAGAUUGUUCAGGUCUGGUUAACCUGCUACUAGUGUAACUAUGUUCUUGUAUUAUAAUAAUAUUACACAGCAAACUGUUUUUCAUUUGUUGGGCUUUUUUAAUAGAUUGUUGAAUUUAAACGUUAUGAAACAACAUCAUAAUAUAUUGUAUUAUUGGUUUCACAACCUUGAUUAAUACUACUCUUGGACUACCUUUCCUAAAUUAACAUUAGGUAGUCUAAGAUUACCCCAGUCUGUGUUUCAUACACAUUAUGUUAAUAAAUUAGUUUAAUAUAUAUUAUCUGAAUACAAACGGUUUCAUACAUUUGUAAAUGUAUAUCUUAUAAGAAUAUUGUAAAAUGUGCCUAUUUUUCUAGCAAUCAAAAGUAAACCGUGUUUUGAGAGUGCAUUGUUCAAGUCAUUGCUUUUAAGGUGAAGUAUUUUGUAAUCUGUAAAUAUGGAAUGUAUACUGCUUUUUAAUAAAAUAAACUAUUUAUCGGCUGUAAAUCUGUGUCUUAAAAGACCCUGCAGCAAGACUGUCAGUAAUGUAUACUCUAAAGCCUUGCUGUUCCUUGUUAAAUUCUGGGUAAUAGAAAAUGUGCUUUUAUAAAACAAAAGAAU